AUGACAAGGGGGGUAGUUGCAUGUAAGAAACGAUGGUAUAAGAUCAACAAGGCUGUUACACAAUUUGCUAGUUGCUAUGAUCAAGCUAGUCGAAACAUAAGGAGUGGUUCGAACGCUGAUGAUAUAAAGGAGUUGGCUUAUAAACUUUAUUCCACAAAUUAUGGUCAAAAAUUCACUUUUGAGAGGCAUUGGAACAUGCUUCGGUUAGAGCAAAAAUGGAGAAGCCAACUACCUACACAGAGUGGCGGCUCAAAGAGAACCAAGGUUAGUGCAACUGGAGCAUACUCAUCCUCAUCAAACCCAGAAACACCGUUGGCUGACGAACCCGGUGUGGACUCUCCCGUUCGCCCACAAGAAUCAAAGAAGAGCAAGCGAAAAGGUAAGGAAAAAGCACAGAUGUCUGAAGAUUUUAGCGAAAGAAAAUCAUCGGUUGUCAAAAAAUUAUCUCUCAUGGAAGAUAUUAAGAAUGUUAGAGAAAAAGAACUAAUGGAUAGGGAAAAAGAAAGAGAAGAGGAGAAGGAACAUAGAGCAAAGAUUAUGGCAAUCAAAGAGAAGGAGUUACAAAUUCAAGCGGCAAUGAAAGAAUAA